AUGCUAAGCAUUCUGAGAAGUGACACAAAGAAAGAGCAGGACAUUGUUACCCCUGCUAUAGUUCACAUAAGGCUCCUGCGAAGACGAUCCUCAGGCCAUUCUAGACAACCACUUAUCGAGGGUCCUGCAGACCCCUGGCUGCCAGUCUCCUGGAAUGGGCAAAAAAAACCCUGUCCCCGAUCUCCAGACCUGCUGUGGCCACAGAGUCCUAGCUUACCACCAGUGGCCACCGUUAACCCCUGCGCUAAACUUUCCAAGGGCUUCAUCACCAAGCAGACCACCAAACAUAUUCACCACCACUGUAUCCACCUUCACCAUUCCCUGACCAAGGCCGUGGAGAAGAUAGAGGAGGAAGCUGCUUGCCGAGUCCAAUGCUAUUGCGACGGGUCCGUGGGGUAUUGUUGCAAAUCCUGGUCGCAUUAUAGGGCGGUGGAGCAUUCUCUCUGGUACCUGGAGAGUACGUGCAGCAGAGCCGGUUCCUUAUACAGGAGAAGCUGCAAGAUGGAUGUAAAGUGUCCCGGCGACCUGGGGCUUGAGGGCACAUCUGUAAUUUACCAUCUCGCUGGCGAGGACCCUCCGCACACGAACUGGCAGCAGAUUAUGGAGUGUGAGAGCGAGCGGCAGAGCCGGCACAGACAGCACAGCAAGAAAGCCGUCGGCUGGGAACAGACCCGAGCCUCGUCCGAGGAGCCCCCAAUGCACCAUCACCAGUGGGGGGCCGUUAACAGUCACUCCAGGAACAUGCAGCUCUCGCACCCGGCUGACCCCCCUUCUGCCACCUCUCCCAGCACCCUGGCCCAGCUGGAGGAAGCGUGUCGGAGGCUCACCGAGGAUUCCAAACACCCCAAGCCACGGUAA